UUUCGAUGUAAAAAGUUUUUAUUCCUUAUUGUGAAGCUAAAAUGUUAACUAGAAAGACUUUUCUGUUCUUAAUCUUAUUCCUAUUUAUUGUUAACGUUCUUUGUGAAACCGAAACUUUAUCAACAAGAAAGAGAAGAUUUACACGUUUAAGUACAGCAGGAACAACAUCAAGUCCAUCAAUAGCAGAUAUUGUGGCGACAAAUGAUGAAGAAGUAAACAUCAUAAAGGAGCCUUCGAGUGCUGAAACUGAUGAAGCAGUCGAAAGUCCAGUAGAGACAGAAGGUCCAUCUCCACCUCCAAUUCAAGUUGUUGAGACAGUGACAAAAAAAUCCCUUCGUGUACGCAAUUGCGGUGAGAGGAUAGGUGAUGAUAUACCAUUUAUAGCACUGCUUGUACAUACAAAUCCAUAUGACACUCAAAAUAGCAAGCGAACAUUAAGCAAAGGAGUCUUAAUCUCUGAGAAUUUCGUCCUUACAACUGUCUCGUCUGUCUAUCAUAGUGAAAGCUUCUGGACAGUUUCAUCUGUACGACUUGGUGAUUUCAUAACAUGGAAUAAGUAUGCAAAUCGUGAUAAAACUUACUCGGUCGAGAUUGAUGUGGAAGAGAUAUAUUUCCAUAAGAAACGUGAUAUAGCCUUGAUAAAACUUAAGGAAUCUGUGAAUUUUACUGAUGUUAUUCGUCCUGCAUGUCUGCCACAAUCUGACAAUUAUAACUUUAAGGAACUUCAGACACAUUUAUGUAAACGAUCGGAGCAGAGCAAGGUACCGGCAGAUGUUACAAUGGAAUUUGCGGCACCACUCACGACAUUUGACUGCCGAAAAUUCUUUUCACGAAAGCGAAUAACAAUAUCGCCAUACGAGUUUUGUGUGUGGGAUGAAACAGGCGAUGAUUGUGCUGGCGACUUAGCAACUGCUUUAUUCACAAUUCACAAUGGACGAUUGUUUGUGGUUGGCUUGAGAAGUUAUGCUGAGACAGAUGAUGAGGAAGACAUUGCUGAUCCAACUGAAUAUCCGGGAAUUUACAUUAAAGUUGGAAGCUACUUGGAAUGGAUUUCAGCUGUGAUCAAUGCGGAUGCUCGAAAAUAUUUAACAACGAAUUGAGUUGGAAUUUUAGAUGAGAAUGUUUUCUUCUUGGAAAUGGAAAUUAAAUUCAGGGUCGGAAAAUGUUCACUUUAAUAUUAUUAUGUAUUAUUAUGUAAUCCUUAAAGUCUCUCAGUGUUGCUAAAUAUUUAUAUAAAAAAAUUUAACAACAAUAAACAUUACAGAAUAGUAGAAUGAGUAA